AGUCCAUGAGAGGGUCUGGGGAAUUCUUGUACAAAUUUAGGUUAUGUCUUGCUUAAGUGAAAGAAAGUAGUUUAUUUUGUAAUAUUUGUGAAUUAGUACUAAUUGCUUAAGAUUAACUCAUAUUGAGCAUCGUAGAUAAUUUAAUAUUUUUGUUUAAGAUUUUAACAUGUGGCUUAACGAGGCCGAUGAAUUUUCUGAGAUAUUUAAAGGAUUUUUUCCAUUUUAUUUAUUACUUGCAUUGCCCUUAUUUAUAAUCAUAUCUCCCGUUAAUCCGGUUGGAGCAUCAUAUGAAUUUCCAAUCUCCCGCAUGCAGCAAUAUGAUUUACAUGGAGUUCCUCAUGGUUGCCGUUCAGCUCCCGUCAACCUAGAAGCUCGGUCACUGAGCGGCUGGAGCACAUCACGCCACUGCGUUGUCGCAAGGCUGCAGGACAUAUCUGCCGAGCAUUUCAGAGAGAUUCGAUCGAAAGCGGGAGCUCUUCUGGUCGUUUUACCGAAAGAUAUUGAAACAUUACCACAAUCUGAAAAACAGAUUCUGAUGGAUUUGGAGAAAGUAAUGCUGUCUCAAGAGGUGUUUAUUCCAGUUUACUUUGCCACUUGGACUCCAGAACUACAGGACAUUGUGGAUGAUGUUGCUAACAGUAUGGUGACUGAUGAGAAGGCCGGCACAGCAGCACAAGCGCUGCUCAACUCAGUCUCGGCUAAUGGCUACCAGAUUGUUAUCAACACCAAUAAAGCAGUGCCAAAGACGGAUGUCCAUAUUGCUUCAAUACAGGGCAAACUGAUUGGCCACGGAGUAGAGGACAAGAUGCCAACUAUAGCCAUUGUCGCCCACUAUGAUAGCUUUGGCGUUGCUCCGGAGCUGUCAUUUGGAGCAGACAGCAACGGGUCUGGGGUGGCAAUGUUACUAGAGUUGGCACGUUUGUUUUCACACCUAUAUGCUAACACACAGACCCAUGCACGAGUCAACCUGCUCUUUCUGUUGUCUGGUGGCGGCAAGCUUAACUACCAGGGGAGUAAGAAGUGGCUAGAAGAUCAGCUGGAUGGUGUUGAUGCCUCUCUUUUACAGGAAGCCAAUUUCAUCCUGUGCCUAGACACUGUGGGAGGAGCCAACUCUUUAUACUUCCAUGUGUCAAAACCUCCAAGGGACAACUCCCCAGGAGCCAACUUCCUCAAGGAACUGAAAAGUGUAAAGAGCAAUGUACCCGUUGAGGUAGUCCACAAGAAGAUCAAUCUGGCGGAGGAGGUGUUAGCGUGGGAACACGAGCGAUACAGUAUCCGCAAGUUAUCUGCCUUCACGCUCUCUUCUCUUAAGACUCACAAACAGCCUCUGAGGAGCACCAUACUGGAUACCAAGAGUAGUGUCGAUAUCUCACAGCUGGCUCGAAACACCGAGAUCGUGGCUCAGGCCUUGGCUCGACACAUCUAUAAUCUCUCAGCCGAUACCUUCCCAUUCUCCAAACCUAUGGGUGUGGAGGCGGAUUCUCUCAAGACAUAUAUAGAGUUCCUGACAGCUCAGCCUCGUUCAGCACAGCUGCUGGCAGACAAGAACAACCCCCUGGUGCUGGCCCUGUCGCAGUUGCUCAGCGGAUAUAUAAAGGAUGUAAAGGUGUCAUAUCAGACUCCGGAUAAAAGAGACCCAGAGUUUGUAUUUUACGACAUUACCAAAGCCAUAGUAAAUGUAUACAGUGUAAAACCAGCAGUGUUUGAUCUGUUUCUCACAUUCGCCAUUGUUAUCUACUUGACCAUCGUCUAUGUUUUUAUACAAGGAUUUCCCAAGCUCUACAGUGUCAUGCUGAGAUUCACAACGCAGAAGAAAAGUAAAACUUACUAAUGCAGAAGAACAUGCCUGCACUUGUGUGGAGUGAUCUCUUCAGUAUGUAGCAAACGUACUGUGGCGUUUUGUAGACAACAUUAUUAUUGUAGUAAAGAGAAACAAUUUUUGUAUAUAAUAGUAUUACCUCAAUUUAAGCUAAAUGAUUAGUCAAUCAAAGUGAAUGUUUGUGUAUGUUAGUGUAGCUAGUCAGCCGUCGUGGUUCAUGGGCUCGCAUGAAUUCCCAAUGUACUUUAGAAGCAUUUAAAUUGUGAAGAAAUACAACAGGGUGUUUCUUUUAGUCUUAUUAGCUUUAAGUUACAAUUUACAUGUUUGUAUAUUCUCAAAUGACAUUAUUACCUCGUAAAGUUUGA